CCUCUUCUUUUUCAUGGCUGUGACAGAUUUCCUAAUCUAGAUAGUUGUUAAUUUUAACGAUUAAUAUGACGGUUCAGAGCGGUGCAGAACGACACUUUUCUGUCAGAUUCUUUGGUUUCAUGCAAAACCGCAUCGAAUGAGCCUAAUUUCAUCAAAAUUGAAGUUAGCAGUUAUUAGUUAUCACUAUUCGUUUUCAAAAAUGGCUAUUACUGAUAAUGACACAAUAAUAGAUCAAACUUUAUCAGAGAAAUUGGUAGCGAAAGGACAAAAAUCACCAUUUUUAAUUGCAAGUUUAAUAAGUUUAGCAGGUAUCUGUGGCUAUGGUAUUUAUGGUUUUAAGAAGAGAAAGAUAUCUACACAAUUAUAUUUAAUACAACUCCGAGUUGCUGCCCAAGGAACAGCAAUAGCUUGCUUGACAAUAGGAAUGGUAUACCACAUGAUAAAGAAACAUAUUUUGCACGAUGAAAAAGAACCAUGAUGUUUAAUGUUAGAUUAAUAGCUUAAUUGUUUAAUAAAAUAGGA